AUGCCAACGGAAUUUCUGGAUGAAUACCAACCUCUGCUUUUUAAAGAAGGCAAAGCUAAAAAGCAACCAAAGCUUCCAAACAAAUCCCUGCUGCUGGCUGCUUGUGCUGCCUGCAUAGGAGGAACCUUUCAGUAUGGAUAUAAUGUAUCCAUCAUCAAUGCACCCACAGUGUUUGUGCAAAAUUUCAUUAAUCAAACCUGGAGGGAGCGUUACCAAGACGACAUAUCACCUGAUGGUCUCACCCUGCUCUGGUCCGUCAUCGUGUCUAUAUUCACCUUAGGAGGAUUCCUAGGGGCAACGAUUGGGGGAACACUGUCUGUGAAGUUAGGGAGGAAAGGGACACUGUUGGUUAAUAACAUAUUUGCCUUAGCAGCUGCUCUGCUGAUGGGUCUGAGUUACCCCACAGGAUUAUUUGAAUUACUCAUAAUUGGACGUCUUCUCACUGGAAUAAAUGCGGGCAUUGGCAUUUGUGUUCAACCUCUAUAUUUGGGAGAAAUUGCUCCCACUGCAUUCCGUGGAACCAUGGGAAUGGGAACCUCCAUUUUCAUCACUGGUGGGAUCUUGACUGGACAAAUCAUUGGCCUCAAAGAGUUCCUGGGCAGAGAGGAGUACUGGCCCAUCCUACUCAGCACCACAUGUAUCCCAGCCAUCGUGCAGCUCCUGAUCCUGCCCUGGUUCCCAGAGAGCCCGCGCUACUUGCUCAUCGACAAAGGAGACACAGAAGGGUGCAAAAAAGCCCUCAAGCAACUGCACGGGGGUGCGCGCUGUGAUGGCGAGCAGGAGGAAAUCGAGAAGGAGAAGAAUAAUUUAUCAGGUUUCCAGGCCAAGAAGCCGUGGGAGCUCUUUGCCGAUCGCAGCGUGCGCUGGCAGCUCCUCACGGUCAUGCUGCUCAAUGCUGUGCAACAGCUGAACGGCAUCAAUGCUAUUUACUUCUACGCAGACUACGUGUUCAAACAAUCUGGUAUUCCUGCUGAUAAGAUACCAUAUGUGACCGUCGGGACUGGUGCCUGUGAAUGCAUCACUGCUUUAACUUGUGGUUUGCUCGUUGAAAGCCUGGGAAGGAAAGUUCUCAUUACAGGAGGAUACAUACUGAUGAGUAUCUGCUGCAUUUUAUUCACGCUGACGCUCUCUUUUCAGAAUGCCAGCCCCAUCUUUCCUUACUUGAGCAUGGCGUGUAUUUUUGCUUUCAUCCUGAGUUUUGGCUUGGGACCAGGUGGCGUAACUAACGUCUUGACCACUGAACUAUUCACACAAACCUCGCGCCCCGCAGCCUACAUGAUCGGAGGGUCCGUGAACUGGCUCAGCUUCUUCUUGAUCGGCAUGGUCUUUCCUUUUAUCGUGAUCGGGCUGCAGCAGUACUGUUUCCUGGUGUUCUUGGUAGUCUGCACCUUAGUGGCAAUAUACAUUGUCCUGGUCGUCCCUGAAACCAAGAACAAAACCUUCCUUGAGAUCCAGAGCGAGUUCCAGUCCUCCAACCACAGAAAGGCCCGCAGUGCUGAUGGUGCUGAAACGACACUGAUAUCAACUUCUUUUUGA